AUGGCGGCCGGGACGGCGGCCGUGGCGGCAGCUUUGGCCGCGACGGCGGACGUGACGACUACGAUGGCGGGCGAGGCGGUUACGGUGGUCGCGACGGCUUCGGCGGUCGAGACGGCGGCCGCUACGGCGAUCGCGAUGACUUUGGUGGCGGUCGCGGCUUUGGUGGUGGACGCGAGAAUGUACGCUCGGCCGCGGUACGACGAAGACCUGUGGGAGGGUGAGGACGUGGAUUGGGAAGGUGAGGAGUUGACUGAGUACGUCAAAGAAUGUUACGACGAGUCUGAGUUGUUGAACAAGUUAACGGAUGCGGAUAUCGAGCAGUACCGGAAGGAGAAGCAGAUAAUGGUGAGUGAUCCACGGUGUCCACGGCCGAUCAUGACGUUUGACAUGGCUCCGUUCAGCGAACAGGUGCGCGGGUGGUUGAACUCUAAGUUCGCUGCACCUACACCGGUGCAGGCGCAGGGUUGGCCGAUAGCGAUGCAAGGGCACAACAUGGUAGCGCGAGCAGUGACGGGUUCGGGUAAGACAUUAGGUUUUAUCCUGCCGGGUUUGGUACAUUGUCAGAAGCAGCUGGACGCUCUUACGGGUCGUGAGCCAACGGGUCGCCCGAUCGUGUUGGUGGUGAGCCCUACUCGUGAAUUGAGUACGCAAAUCCACGUUGAGUGUCAGAAGCCUGCGGAGAUAAUGGGUAUCAAGACUACCUUGGUCGUCGGUGGCGACAACCAUCCUGCUCGUGAGCAAGCAGAGAUAUUGCGAAGUGAACCUAUUUCCGUCUGCAUCGGAACAGCAGGGCGACUGGGCGACAUGGUUAGACGUGGUGCACUCAAGCUCAAUCGCGUCACGUACUGGGUCUUGGAUGAGGCAGAUCGAAUGCUCGAUAUGGGUUUCAGUCGUGACAUUCGCGGUAUGAAUCGUUUCAUCCGCCCCACACGUCAAGUGUUGAUGUGGUCAGCGACAUGGCCAAGUACUGUCCAGGGUCUGGCACGUGAAGUAUUCAUGAGCGGAGAUCCUAUCUACCUAAAAAUCGGCACAAAUGAGACUCAGGUUGUCGACACUAUCAACUACGAAUUUCGCUUAGUUGCCUAUCGCGACAAAGAUCGCGCACUCAUUGAGAAAAUCGCACCCAUCCCUGACAAACGCAUUCUAGUCUUCUGCAACCGUAAGGUGGACUGUGAACAUGUCAUUCAACUUGUAUCAAAUAAGCUCCCGCAACACCGAGCGGCUAGCACACACGGGGAUAAGAGCAACUUUGAGCGAGAGAAAGCAAUGAAAGAGUUCCGUGAUGGCGUAACUAACGUCCUCGUAGCCUCCGACGUUCUUAGUCGAGGUAUUGACGUACCCAAGGUCGCACUUGUCGUCAACUACGACCUACCCAAAGAUCUCGAACAAUUCGUCCAUCGAUCAGGCAGAACCGGACGAGCAGGCUGCCAAGGAGACUCCUUCAAUCUAGUCACCGAUCAAGAUCAGAGUAUGAUGUACCAAAUCGGCUCCAUGCUCGAGAAGAAUGGACGUAAUAUGACCUCCUUCCAGGAAUGCAUGCAACAGAUGGGCUGCGGGUACAACAACUAUGGCAACGAUGGUUAUGAAACCGGCGAAUGUGAACAACCAACUGGCAACCAAGCCUGGGAUGACGACGACCAAGCAGGCAACGCUGAACCUCCACAGGCACAGUGCUGGGACUAA